AUGCCGUGGCUUAUGAAGGCCGAACCCGAUACGCGCAUCGUCAGAGGCAAGGAUGUCAAGUUCUCGGUCGACGAUUUCGAGGAGAUGGGCGAGUCGCCGUGGGAUGGCGUACGCAACCACGAGGCCAAGAAUAUCAUGAAGGACAAGAUGAAGCUGGGCGACAAGGUCCUCUUCUACCACAGUAAUUGCAAAGUACCAGGGGUUUAUGCUCUGGCGGAGAUUAGCAAGGAGGGAUAUCCUGAUUAUACGGCGUGGGAUGCCCCCACAUGGUACAUGGUCAGCGUGACGUUUAUCGAGCGCCUCGCGUACCCCGUCACACUGGCCCUCGUCAAGUCCUUCAUUGGGCUCAUGGCGCCGCCAGAGGGCAUCGCGUAUAUAGGCGAAGAGGGGCUCAAGGCCGUGCAGGGCAUGGCGCUGAUUAAUCGCGGGCGGUUGAGCGUGCAACCCGUCGACGAUGCCGCUUAUGACGCUAUUGUUGAGAUGGGCAGACGCGGAGGGUUCGACGAGCCUGCAAAGGGCAAGGGCAAAGGCAAUGGCAAGCGCGCAAAGGAGGAGCCGGGCGCAGAGGAGCCGGGCGCAGAGGACGCCAAGCCCGCAAACAAGGCCAACACCAAGCCACCGUCAAAGGUGGUCGCGGCGCCGUCCACGCAGCCACCACCCAAGAAGGCCAAGGCCGAGCACAAACCAACGGCCGAGCACAAACCAAAGGCCGAGCACAAACCAAAGGCAGAGCCCAAACCCCGCGCCGAGGGCUCACGCCGCAGCUCGCGGUUGAAGAAAUAA